GGAGCGAUGGGGCCGCCGCGUCUCGGCGAGGCGGUGCGGGAGGCGGUGCGGAGGGACCCGCUGGGCGCCGAGCUGCGCUGCAGUCUGUUCGCCGCCGCGCUGCAGAGCUACAGGCGGGACUCGGUGCUGCGGCCCUUCCCGAGCCGCUACGGCGGCGCCGACGCCGCCUCCAAGGACUUCGAGGCGUUGCUCGGACCGAGCUCCUGUUGUCAGCUUGCAGAUACCGAGGCGCUGCCCGGCCUGAAGGAGCUCCUGGGAGCUGCCCCGAGCGCGGAGGAAAGGACCUGGGAUUUGUUAAGCUGGAUUUUGUCACCUAAGACCUUCACGAUACAAAGCAUUAAGAAGCAGGAGUAUGAGAAGAUCCAGGAGCUCACGGGGAUGUCUGGUGCUGCUGUUCCUGCUCCGGAUUUCCUCUUUGAGGUCACAUAUUGUGAUCAAAUGAAUGCCAAGUUUGCUGAGACCAGGGGUGAGCAGGACCUCAUCUAUGCCUUCCAUGGCAGCCGCCUGGAGAACUUCCAUUCCAUUUUGCACAACGGCCUGCACUGCCAUCUGAACAGGACAUCACUGUUUGGUGAAGGCACCUAUCUCACCAGUGACCUCAGCCUGGCUCUGCUCUACAGCCCACAUGGCCUUGGUUGGCAGCGAAGCACAUUGGGCUCCAUCCUGAGCUGCGUUGCUGUCUGUGAGAUCAUUGACCACCCUGAUGUCAAGUGCCAGGUGAAGAAGAAAGACUCAGAAGAAAUAGACAGAAAAAGAGCAAGAGUGAAGAACAGCGAAGGGGGUGAUGUGCCACAGAAAUACUUUGUUGUCACAAACAAUCAGCUCCUACAAGUUAAGUACUUGCUGGUAUAUUCACAGAAGCAGCACAGGAGGCCUUCAGGUCAGUCCUCCUGGUUUUCUACCCACCGUUUUGCCAUAACAAUGAUGCUGUACCUGCUGCUGCUAAUGGUGAUUGGGGCCAGCAACUCACCAGCCUUCCUCUACUACUGGCACAGAAUGUUUUACUCAGAGGGAUGAAUUGCCCUCUGAGACAGUAAACUGCUGUUUUCACUAUGUGCCUUAAUAACAACAAACCCACAACACACUGCGUCUGUUCCAGAGCUCUGGAAAUAAAAGAUGCUUGGCACUUUCCAGUUAUUAUUUCUACACAGAAAUACUCAGUGAUUCAUGAAGACUCCCAGGACAGCUGAAAAGGAUCAUAACAGUGCAGCUUAGCAUGAACUGAUUGUUAAGGGUCCACAGAGAAAGUUACUUAAAAUUAAUGAAAACUAAGCGUGGAAAUACUCUGCUGUCAUUAUUUUCUGUCAGACUGAGGUGGCAAUGUUUGAACAAGGUAGAAAUGAGAAUUUUUCUGUAUGUAAGAGUCUCUGUUUUCAGAAACUGUUCGUAGUGAUGUUUAGCAUGUAUCAAUGCAGGUGGGAUCACAUUUAAAACAGACUUUGAUUUUGACCAUUAAUUUUUAUAUUUAAGCAUAAUGAUUGUAAGAAAAAAAGCCAUGAAAUAAAACAGCAACCAAAAGAGAAGAAACUAAA